UGAAAGGAGUUUUGAAUUGUAUUUGGUUAUGAGUUUUGAAAAUAAUUUUUGAAUUAAGUUUUAAGUAAUUUUGAGUUGUGUGUUUGGUUAUGAAUUUUAAAAAAUGUCGUGAAAAUUGUGUUGGAAUCAUAAUUCCAACACAUAACCACACGCAACCUUAAUUUUUCAAAACUUCAAAUCAAAAUUUAGUUCAUCAAUCAAAACCCUAACUUUUCAAUAUAGAUUUGGAAUUAGAUAGAGUUUGGAGGACGAACCUGAUUCAAUCUAUGAUGUGAGAGUGGACAACAAUGGUUGAGUUUUGACAUUCUUCUCAAAAGAUUUCUUCUCUCUUCGUUUCGCUCUGGCGUGCAACAUUGGCUAACGACGGCAGACGACGGAGGAUGGUGCUCGCCGAUGGAAAACACAGAUGAUGGUGAUUGUGCUCGAUGGAACGCAGGUGCGUCUCCCUCUCCCUCUUUCUUCGUUUCUUUCUGCUUUUGUUUCACGUUUUCAUUUUGUAUUUUUUUAAUGGGAAAAACGAAUGCCCUAAGAGAUUUAAUUCCCUGUUAUGCACAUACAAAGUGUUUUGUUCCUUUAGUUUUAAAGAGCCACUGAUGUGGCAAGUUCUUAUUGGAUGCAUAAAAAUUAUUGCAUUUUUUUUUUAUCAUUUUAGUAGGAUGUUACGAUUCGGCAGACCCCCAAAACAAUUCUGUGUAGGAUCCCGAUCUUAACAACCUUGGCAUUAACCUUCUCUCCGGUUUUCCCUUCCACUUUCUCCCCAUACGAGCUCUCACUCACGAGUAAAAAAUUGUCUCUCUCACUCUUGUUUCUGUCUAGUCCAUCUGAUGCCAGUGAGGAUUCAUCUCCCACUGUGCUUGCGAACAUUUAAUCAACACUACUCACUCACACUCUCUCCCUGUUCCUCUACACCGUAUUGUUAUCUCUUCUCUCUAUCUAAAGUAGUGACGGUUACCAUAGGGAUUCAUUCAUUCUAAGUAUAAUUGACGUGGUUCAGCUCAAGUUGAUCUAUCUAUUAUAUAUACAUAUAAUCUGUAUUCGAUUCCUCUUACAAAAAAAAAGGUUCAAAGAAAUAUUGGGUGGUGUUGAUAGAGAAAUGGGAUCGAGGUCGAGAUUCAAGUCGAAGUCGAACGGUAAUGACACUAAUAAUAAUAUUAAUAUUAAAGAGAAUAAGAAUAGGAUGCAGAUGUGGAUGCGAAAGGUAUUGCUGGGAUUAGGGUUCUGGGUGCAGGGGAUGAGGUGCUUCCCGUGGAUGGGGGUUAACUUCUUCCUCAAGGACGAUCUCAAGGUGGACUCUUCCACCCUCCAGCUUCUCCAGAACUCUGCCAACCUCCCCAUGGUUGCCAAACCCAUUUAUGGCCUCUUCUCUGACUCUGUUUACAUUGCCUCCCAACACCGCAUUCCUUACAUUGCUAUUGGAGCUUUCUUGCAAGCAGUGUCCUGGAUUGCCAUUGCUAUUCCUUCUUCCAAUAUCUCAUUCUUUAAAAUCAUCCUAUGUCUCCUCCUUGGGAACUUCGGUGCUUCAAUAGUUGAGGUUGCAAAUGAUGCUAUUGUUGCAGAGACUGGAAAACAGCCCAGUGCCUCUUCCAAGAACUCCCAGAUGUCUUCAUCAGGUGAGCUGCAGUCCUUUGUUUGGAUAGCCUCCUCCAUUGGUGGAGUCCUCGGAAACAUGCUUGGUGGUGUUGCUGUUGACCGAUUCUCCCCCCAAGCAAUGUUCUUUUGGUUUGGCGUAAUCCUUGCUAUGCAGUUUUUUAUAACAGUUUUGAUUCGUGAAAGUUCACUUAAUCUCCCCAAGAGUCCAUCAAACGUCGGAAUCAGAAAGCAGCUUUCAGAGCUCCUAGUUGCAUUGCAGAAACCUGAAAUUGCUCACUCAAUAACCUGGUUUGCAGUGUCUUAUGCCAUAAUUCCAGCCUUAACAGGCACCAUGUUUUUCUAUCAGACGCAACAUUUGGAGAUUGACUCUUCUGUAUUGGGGGUCUCUAAGGUGUUUGGACAGGUAGCAAUGUUGCUCUGGGGUGUUGCAUAUAAUCAACACCUGAAGUUCGUUCCACCGAAGAAACUAAUCUCAGCCAUUCAGUCGACUAUGGCUGUUUUCAUGGUGUCGGAUGUUUUGUUUGUGGAAGGGAUAUAUCGAAGGAUGGGGAUGCCAGAUUCGGUGUAUGUUGUGGUCUUCUCAGGCUUACUUGAAGUUAUGUGUUUCUUUAAGAUUCUUCCAUUUAGUGUUCUUGUGGCACAGCUUUGCCCACCAGGCUGUGAGGGAUCUCUAAUGGCAUUUCUCACGUCUUCCAUUGCUCUUGCAUUUAUAGUGAGUGGAUACUUGGGUGUUGCACUUGCAUCAUAUGUUGGGGUGACGGGGAAUGAUUUCUCAGGCCUGUCACGUGGCCUUAUUGUACAGGCAGCUUGCACGCUCUUGCCUCUCUUUUGGUCAUCGUGUAUUCCGGAUGUGCCCAAAACCAAAAGGAAAGGACAGUAACUGUAACAGUGGGAGAGCACAUAGUAUUACUAUUAUGUAAGACUCGGCUGUCGAUUUUUUAUUUUUUAUUUUGACGUCUCAUGUUCUUUCUGGUUUUGAUUGUUUUCAUUUGACGUAAUAUCAUUAGAUUAAAGGAAGUUUCUGUUACUUCCUACAGAAUCGUAUCAUUAGAUAAAUAAAUAAAAAUAAUAAAAAGUUAGAUUUCUCUUA